AGAGAAAGAGAGAGAGAGUCUUCCUUCCUAUUUUGACAAGUCUCUAGGGUUUGAUUUUCCCAUUUGUUCUAAUUAAGUAGAACUGUUGCUUUCAUUUUUCUUUUCCUUUUCCAACCUCAAUCUAUGGAAUUUUCCCCUUCUUAAGGUUAGGGGUUUAGAUCUAUGUUGUUUGUAUGAAAACCUUAUUCAUCACUAGAGAUGUUAAAAUAACAAGAGAAACAUUUAGCAAAAAUGUUGGAGGAUAGUGGUGAGACUGGAUGCAAUUCCAAGACAAGUUGUAAUUUUGAGAAUGAAGUACUUGAGGAGAACGACGCUUCGAGCAAGUUUAAGGAUGGAGGAAGCUCAAGUGAGAGUACACUUGAAGAGAGUGAAAAGAUCAAGCCAUGUGUGAGACCUUAUGUUCGAUCCAAGAUGGCUAGACUCCGAUGGACUCCUGAACUCCAUCUUCGUUUUGUUCAUGCUGUGGAAAGACUUGGAGGACAAGAUCGAGCAACACCAAAGCUUGUUCUUCAAAUGAUGAACAUCAAAGGACUUAGCAUUGCUCAUGUCAAGAGCCACUUGCAGAUGUUUAGAAGUAAGAAGACAGAUGACCAAAGUCAAGGGAUUGGACAUCAUCACAAGCUUUUUAUGGAAGGUGGAGAUCCAAAUAUUCAAUAUGAUCCAAUUCCCUAGGUUCCCUACUUACCAUCAGAGGCUCAAUUCAACUUUUAGGUAUGGAGAUGCUUCUUGGAAUUGUCAUGGUAAUUGGAUGCCUAGCAACACAAUGGGGCAAAGGGUUCCAUCUUUCAUCAAUGAAAGAUCCACUAUACAAAGAAAUGAAAUUAAAGAUGCAACUGGAUCAUCUAUAGGAAGCCCUAGUGGUGAGCUCACUAGGUUGUUUCACAUAGCUUCAAAAGCUCAAGCAAGAGCCUUUGUUGGAAAUGGAAUUACUUCUCCACCAAACUUGGAAAGAACCAUAACUCCUUUAAAAAGGAAAGUUUCAUAUAGUGACCAAGUUGAUUUGAAUUUAUAUCUAGGGGUAAAGCCAAGGAAUGAAUUUUUGACACCAAAUCUUGAUGAUAAUGAUAAUGAUAAUGGGAGUAGCUUAUCAUUAUCAUUAUCCUCACCAUUGUCAUAUUCAAGGGCUACAAGGUUUAUAGAAGAUGCUAAUAUUGAUGGUAAAACAGAAAACGCAAGAAGAGGGGCAAGUACUCUGGAUCUGACUCUAUGAAUGAGGACAAUAUUCUAAGUGAGAUCUUGAGGUACUUGUUUCAUAUUGUUGAAUCUUGAAACAUGUCUUUAUAGCACCAAGUUUUAAUGUAACAUUACUAGUACUAUAUAGUACUCUUGGUUUUUGUUUGUCUCUAUGUUAUUGAAUACAAGCAAAAUAUUAUCUACUUCAAUUCAUUACUUGAGUGUGUGAAGUUUUAGCA